AUGGCGAGCCGUCCGGUGAAGUCCCUCUCUUACGAUGCGUACACCGUGGCCAUGAUUUGUCCGUUAGAGGUGGAAAUGAGUGCUGCCCGAUAUAUGCUAAGUGAGGAACACGGAAAAAUACCAGGAGAGCGACAUGACACCAACCAUUAUAUUCUUGGCCGACUUAGUGGGCAUAAUGUGGUCAUUGCCUCUCUGCCACUGGGCUCUCAGGGUACCGUCUCUGCGGCAACCGUUGCGAUGCAUUUGGCCCGAACCUUUCCCAACAUCAAGCUACGGCUGUUGGUGGGAAUUGCUGGAGGUGUUCCGAGCCCGAAUAACGAUAUUCGAUUAGGCGAUGUAGUGGUGAGCACCCCAUCUGGCUCUUUUGGUGGCGUGGUGGAAUACGAUCUGGGGAAGCAGACUCCAUCUGGCUUCGUACGCAAGGGGUUCCUCAGUCCCCCUCCGACAGAGUGGAGAGGUGCAAUAGCCAGAAUGAAGUCAGAUCAUCGGGUUCACUCUAAUAAAGUGAACGAUUUUGUGGCGGAGAUGUUGGUAAAAUUUACCAGAUUGGCCGAGUAUAAACGACCGCACCCCCAAGAGGAUAUUCUAUUCAGCUCAGACUACGAACAUAAAGUAGGAGAGUCUACGUGUUUAAGUUGCGACCCUGCAAAAAUUGUGCAUCGCGAAGCACGCGACAUCUCUUAUGAACCGGUGGUAUUUUAUGGACUGAUCGCGUCCGGGAACCAUGUCAUGAAGCAUGCCAUCGAGCGAGACCGAAUCAGCAUGGACUGCGAUGGAGUUCUGUGUUUUGAGAUGGAGGCUGCGGGGCUCAUGAACGAUUUUCCCUGUAUCGUUAUUCGAGGGAUUUCCGACUACUGCGACUCUCAUAAGAAUGAUGGUUGGCAACCAUAUGCGGCAGCAGCGGCAGCAGGAAUUGCCAAGGAACUUCUAGGCUAUCUGGUACCAAGCAAUGUGCCUCUUGCCGACGACGAUCUUACCGCCGCAUGCCUCCGGCAUCUCUUUAUAACAGACCCAGAAAAGGACAAGCAGCGCAUUGAGGGUGAUAGAGGCAAUCUGCUCAGGGAUUGCUAUUCAUGGAUUCUUUUCGAUCCUCAGCUCAAUGCCUGGCGAGAAGCGGAACAGGGUCAGCUACUGUGGAUCAGAGGCGGCCCGGGCAAAGGAAAGACCAUGUUGAUGAUCGGCCUAGUGCACGAAAUCACAGUGCACCUGGAGUGUCAACCAGAAGCUGGUAUUCUGACGUACUUUUUCUGUCAAAGGAACCUUUUUACCCUAAAUAAUGCCCUUUCAAUCCUCCGUGGACUCAUCUGGAUGAUUGUUGAUCAAGACCGGCCUCUGAUGCGACACAUCCUGGUGGAGUAUGAGAGAUUUGGCGAGAGGCUCUUCGACGGUCCUAACGCUUUUUUCGCCCUCCGCUCAAUAUUUCUCAAUAUAUUAGAAGAUGCAGGGCUCUCCACUUUGUACAUCCUCGUUGACGCAAUUGAUGAAUGCGACACUGGGCUGGAUAACUUCUUGCACCUGGUCGUCCAGAGUACUUCAGCGUUGUCUUCCAAAGUGAAAUGGAUUCUGACCAGCCGCCACCGACCAGAUAUUACGCAGAUCCUUGGAGAAAACGCUUUACAGCACCAUAUAGAUAUGGAGGCAAACGCUAGGCUUGUUUCUGAGGCAGUCCACACCUUCAUUGCCUAUAAAAUGGACAUUUUAUCACAAGCGAAGUCUUACGAUCCCGGCCUAAAGACUCAUGUAGAACGCGUCCUACGUGAGAAAGCCGGUGACACUUUUCUAUGGGUGGCGCUGGUGUGCAAUGAGCUAACGAGUGCCGAGAGCUGGGAGGCCGAAUCAAUCGUGGAGGAGCUUCCCUCGGGUCUUCAUCCAUUAUAUAAUCAUAUGCUGUCUCAGAUUAAGAACCUGCGCAAGGGUCAAUCCGAGAUUUGCUACAGGAUCCUCCGUUCAAUGACGUUGACCUUCCGUCCCGUCUACCUGGAGGAGCUGCAAUCCAUUACUUUUCUCCCGCCCCGUUUGGCGAACAACAUUCAGGCCUUGAGAAACACGAUUGAAUUGUGUGGGUCAUUCUUGACGAUCCAAGGGAAUCAAAUCUACUUUAUUCAUCAAUCUGCGAAAGAUUACUUGACCACUAGCUGUGGACAGCAGAUCUAUGACGCUAAUAAGACGGAAGAGCAUUGCAAGAUUGUUGUGCAAUCCAUGAAGACCAUGUCCCAAGUUUUGAAGAAAGAUUUGGCAGGUCUCAAAUACCCGGGGACUUUAAUUUCGAAUCUCCCAGCUAGUAGAAUCCCAAGUGGUAUUGCCUACGCUGUGUGUUUCUGGAUUCACCAUCUCCUGGAGUUCAUGUCCAGUUCUUGCAACUCCGAAGGGGCUGGUGAUCUACUCGUAUCUGUGCAUGCUUUCCUACAAUCUCAUCUCCUCCAUUGGAUCGAGGCGAUGAGCCUUCUUGGGAAGGUAUCCGAUGGGCUACUGAUGAUUACGCAGUUUAAGUCCUGCCUGAAGGUCUUCAUGGAUAAAGGUCUAUUCCACUUCAUACAUGAUGCAAACCGUUUUCUCUUACAAAGCCGCUCAGUUAUUGAAGAGGCUCCGUUACAAGUGUAUUGCUCGGCACUUGUCUUUGCCCCGGAAAAGAGCAUAAUCCGGAAUCAAUUCAAACACUACAUGCCCGACUGGAUCCGCAGGGUAUCCACUGUGCGAGAGGAUUGGAGCUCACUGAUUCAAACUUUUGAGGGCCAUAGUGGCUGGGUCAAUGACGUAGUUUUCUCGGUCAAAGGGGACCUUAUUGCAUCUGCGUCAAACGAUCAUACGGUUCGUCUAUGGGAUGUCACCACAGGCUCAGCCCAGGCGUCGUUGGAAGGCCACACUGAUUUGGUGAAGACUGUUGCCUACUCUCCUAAUGGUCAUCUCCUGGCUUCUGGUUCUAACGAUCGCACCAUCCGAUUGUGGAAUCCAAACACAGGGGCUACCUGUGGUAUUCUGCGGGGACAUACCAGCCCAAUCAAUUCUAUUGCCUUUUCACCAGAUAAAGUGCACUUAGCCUCUGCAUCGAACGAUCGUUCUGUGCGAAUAUGGAACACUGCAAGAAUGUCAUCUCGGCAUGUUCUCUGGGGCCAUAAAAACUGGGUAAAUGAUGUUUGCUACUCAUCAGAUGGUUGCGUGCUAGCAACCGCAUCUGGAGAUGGGACAGUUCGACUGUGGGACGCAGAAUCUGGAAAUCUCCGUUCCAAAUUCAGAGGAGGUAUGGGCUGGUUAAAUUCAGUUUCCCUUUCCCAUGACAACAUAUUAGCUGCUGGUUCUGCGAACGGGCUUCUCUACCUCUGGGAUAUCAGCACAAAAUCCUUGUGUGCUACUCUUGGUGGCCACUCUAGUAGCAUCAACAAAGUCACAUUCUCGCUCGACGGACGCCUCAUCGCGUCUGUAUCCAACGACCGCAUGGUGAGACUAUGGCAGACCGCACAGCCUCACGCAGUCGCCACUCUGGAGGGUCACAUAGACGCGGUGAAGGCGGUUACAUUUUCGCCGAACGAGAAUCUUAUUGCCUCUGCAUCGGUAGAUGGCACGGUGCGAAUUUGGGAUACUGUGAAAACAUCGUCAUUCAGAAUCCUAGAACGGCAUAUGGAUACCAUCUACGGGGUGGCCGUAUCCCCAAAUGGGCAGUUGACAGCUUCUAUAUCCAAUGAUAAUACUGUCCGCUUAUGGGAUAUGCUGACAGGGUCACCACUUACUGUAAUGCACCGGGGGCAUUGCGACAAUAGCCCUGGUGCUGCUUGGUCGUCCAACAUUGCAUUUUCAUCGAACGGUCAGCUGCUGGUGGGAACCUGGGAUGAUUCUGCGAUCUGCCGGUGGAGGGCCUCCCGUGAGGGUAUCGAGAAUUGGGCAUACUCCGGUUGGGAGGAGGGCAAGGUCUACCCGGUUACCCACGUUAGCUUCUCUCCGGAUAAUCGACUUAUAGCAUCACUCUCUUCUGACGGGAUUGUCCGGAUAUGGGAUGUUGCGUCAGGAUGGACGCGCACGACAUUUGCAGGUCACCAGGAAGCUGUCAAUGAUCUUAAAUUCUCACCAUGCAGUCAAUACGUGGCAUCUGCAUCUAAAGAUAGUUGCAUUUGUCUCUGGGAAGCAACAACCGGGGCUUUAAUUGCCCGUUUCGCGGGACAUCGAGCGAGUGUGAAUGCUGUUGCAUUUUCUUCAGAUGGGCAGCAUAUCGUAUCUGGCUCCACCGAUAACAAGGUGCGAAUAUGGAACGUGGCCGCAAAGCAAGUCCAGACCAUUUUGAAAGGCCAUUCAGCGUCGGUCGAGAGGGUAGCCUAUUUUGAUGGUGAUAGACUUGUUUCCUCAAUCUCAGCAGGUGGUAGAGUGAUUAUCUGGUGUGUCGCUACGAGUUCCGUUGAGAAGGACAUUCCAAGCCCACAGCACGGUCAAAACUUUUUCUCUUUGAAUUGUCAAUUCUAUGCAUGCAGCUGCCAGCCACAUCCAGGGCUACAUCUUCAUGAUAUGAUGGCAGGCAGCAGACGAUACUACGAGACACCUUUUGACAUCUCGGGUAACUUUGCGUACGUCAAAUUCGUGUCGUUCUCGAGGGACAACGAGGUCAUGGCCUUGAUAUUAAGCGACGAUACCAUCCAUCUACGGAGCACCACUACAUCGCAGAGGUACUGUACCAUCAACAUGAGUCAGACCAAGGUUUCGCGUGACAGCAGAGUAGACGACUUGAGCAGACUGGAUCCGGGACCCCAAGCCACGACUAUUAGCAUGGUGGAAUUCUCACCACACAGCGAUCACUUUCUUUGUGUGUCGCGGAAUUCCGUAUACGUUUGGGAUGUCGUCACUGGGGGCCUCCGCAGUACUUUUUCUGGGCACUCAGAUAUCGUGAAGAACAUCUCUUUUUCCCCUGAUGGGCAUUUGAUUGCCUCUGCAUCUUACGAUGGCACUAUCCGGCUCUGGGACAUUGCGACGGGCAUGUUACAUCAUAUGAUGGUAGUCAACGGGAGCAGUCAUGGUGUCUUUUAUGGGAAUGGGUUGUUCGAUAGCCCUGUUGUUUGUCGGUCAGGUGUUCGUCAGUUAGGUUUUCGUCGGUCUGGUGUUCGUCGGUCAGGUGUGGGGGGUAUAGGAACAGAUUCCGCCUGGGCUCCAAUCCGCCGACGCUCCUUGUUUGUCACCAAUCCAUGGAUAACGUACCGGAUGGACCGCAUCCUAUGGCUACCCGUUGAAUAUCGAGCUACUUGCGUAACUGUUCACGUAGCGACUCUUGUUUUGGGCCAUUCCUCCGGUGAACUGACUGUCAUUGAAUUCGAUGUGAGCCGUAUUCCGGUCCGUGCAAGCUGA